AUGCCGGCUAAACCCACGCUGGAUAAACCCACGCCAGCUAAACCCACGCCAACUAAACCCACGUCGGCUAAACCCAUGCCGGCUAAACCCACGCUGGAUAAACCCACACCAACUAAACCCACGCCAACUAAACCCACGCCGGCUAAACCCACGCCAGCUAAACCCGUGCCGGCUAAACCCACGCCGGCUAAACCCGUGCCGGCUAAACCCACGCCGGCUAAACCCACGCCGGCUAAACCCACGCCAGCUAAACCCGUGCUAGCUAAACCCACGCCGGCUAAACCCUCGCCAGCUAAACCCAUGCUGGCUAAACCCACGCCGGCUAAACCCGUGCCGGCUAAACCCACGCCAGCUAAACCCACGCCAGCUAAACCCACGCCGGCUAAACCCACGCCGGCUAAACCCACGCCAGCUAAACCCACGCCAGCUAAACCCACGCCAGCUAAACCCACGCCAGCUAAACCCACGCCAGCUAAACCCACGCCGGCUAAACCCACGCCGGCUAAACCCACGCCAGCUAAACCCACGCCAGCUAAACCCACGCCAACUAAACCCACGCCAACUAAACCCACGCCAACUAAACCCACGCCAGCUAAACCCACGCCGGCUAAACCCACGCCAGCUAAACCCACGCCGGCUAAACCCACGCCGGCUAAACCCACGCCGGCUAAACCCGUGCUAGCUAAACCCACGCCAGCUAAACUCACGCCAGCUAAACCCGCUCUAGCUAAACCCACGCCGGCUAAACCCGUGCUAGCUAAACCCGCUCUAGCUAAACCCACGCCGGCUAAACCCGUGCUCGCUAAACCCACGCCAGCUAAACCCACGCCGGCUAAACCCGUGCUCGCUAAACCCACGAGAGGGAAGGCUUUACUUUACGUGAGUUAA